GUAAAGCACCGUUUCCAUGACAACCAAUAUAGGACAUGGACUGGAUUUGGGCGUGUGACGUACCGAAGGAUGUAGCUGUGAAGGGUCAACACAAAAUCUCUCAGUUAUGAAAAAUUGAUGUGACAUUAAUCUGUUUGUCCACUUGUGUCUUUGAAUAGUUGCACCAAGCUAAGAUGCAAUUUGGUUGUCUUUAGCAAGAGGGUCAGAUUUUGGGACAUGUGUGUCAUCAUUGACUAAAAUAGUAGGCUAAACUGACAUAAAAUAAUGUCAGUAAUAUUCUUGAGGUGUUAUAGGGCGACUUGCCUAACGAACAAUGAACUUAAGUUGGUGAUUUAAUAAAUAAUAUAUAAUUUUGGUUGUGCCUUGAGUCUCACAUACCUCAUUGUAACUUUUUAAAACAGUAUUUCUAGCUCAUUGUUUUACGUGUUUUAGGAAGUAACAAUGUAGCAGAUUCGCAUGGCCCCAACAUAAGCAGUUAAUAAAUCAAUGUCAGAACCAAAAGGCUUUAUUCCACUUGCAGAAGUUCUCACACUACUCUGUCGCAGUGAUGUAUGCGCAAGCGCAAGGUUGUCUGUUCUAGUUUGCUCACUAUUUUGUAGUAUCCUUGCAUUCCUUUUGCUGGUUGAUUCUCCUGUCUUUAUCACUAUUUGGCAAUAAAAAAGGGGAGGUGUCUGGGUUGAACGGUGUUGCUACUAGCAAAGAAACGGAGGCUGACUGCCUGAGGGUACUGUAACGGAAAAACCUAAAGGAGAAGCAAAGUAUUCUUUAAACAUUUCUAUGGUGUUCCAUGGAAACGGGAUUUUGGAAUCCCUCCAAUUGCCCGUUUUCUAAACAUUUGAUUUCCGUUGACUUAACCCUGGAUGACAGAGAUCCCCUCUUACACUUUAACCAACUCUAGCAUUUUAAGUAAUAAUGUCUUCCUUACACUCAUGUAGUUGCACUCCAGAAUUGGUACCAUAGGUAUUUUCACCCUAGUCUAGCAGCUUAGGCUGCUCCCUUAUAACCAGAUGAAUGAAGACUCCAUUUGGAAAGACCAGGCCAGGCCAGAGACCUAGAGCUGAUGCAGGCCACGCUGGUGUUUCUGCAAAUAUGAUGAAGAAGAGAAACUCCCACAAGAAACACAAGAACAUGGGCCCUCCCUCCAAGACGGCAUCCCAGCCCCGAAGGAACAUCGUGGGCUGUCGUAUCCAGCACAUCUGGAAGGAAGGCAGUAGUGCAUCUCCUUCUGUGUGGAAAGGCAGUGUGCUGGACCAGGUCCCUGUCAACCCUUCGCUCUACCUGAUCAAGUACGACGGUUUCGACUGCAUCUACGGCCUGGAGCUGAACAAGGAUGAACGCGUGCAGAACCUGGAAGUCCUACCCGACCCCCAUGCCAAUUCGCGCAUCAAUGACGUCAACCUGGCCGACACCAUGAUAGGGAAGGCAGUGGAGCAUAUGUUUGAGACAGAGGAUGGGACCAAAGAUGAGUGGAGGGGCAUGGUGCUGGCCCGGGCCCCCAUCAUGACCACCUGGUUCUACAUCACCUACGAGAAAGACCCGGUUUUAUACAUGUAUCAGCUGCUUGACGACUACAAAGAAGGAGACCUGAGGAUCAUGCCAGACUCCAACGAUACCCCCCCUGCGGAGCGUGAGCCAGGGGAGGUGGUGGAUAGCCUGGUGGGGAAGCAGGUGGAGUACGCCAAGGAGGACGGCUCCAAAAGAACUGGUAUGGUGAUCCACCAGGUGGAGGCCAAACCCUCGGUGUACUUCAUCAAGUUCGACGAUGACUUCCACAUCUACGUCUAUGACCUGGUGAAGACCUCCUAGGGUCUGGGGCCUGCUUGACAUGGGGCUCUGGGAGAGGAUGGGGAGGGGAUGGCGAGAGGGUUUGGGGGGUAGAUGCGUGGUUGUCCACCAUGCAAAGCAAGACGAUUCUGCACCUUGUCCCAGUCCAAUUAACUUUUGCCAAAAUUCUUGUGGAAUGUUUCAAUGCAACGUGUUCUUUUUUUUUAAAGCAAUUGAUGAGAUGCGAUACAUUUCACCGAAAGCCUUGAAUUGCUACUAAUGUGUGUGGGCACUGUCUCACUGUGCUAAAAGCCAGGUGAAUUUGUGACCAACAGGCCAAUGUGUUCAAAAUGGUCUAGUGCCUGUUAUGAAGGGUAUAAACUGAUAUCAGUAUCACCAUUGUAUGGGGAUUGGUAUAAGAAAUGAAGCAUAGUAUUUGCACUCUGCAUAUUGCAAUUCUUGCCCAAGUUGGCAUCAAGGGAGAUCCAAACAUAUAUAGUGACACAUGCGAUCUUGACAGCUUUAACAUGCAGAAGAAAGAAAAAAUCACUACCACCUCAGCCGAUCAUUCACACCUAUUGUAACUGGCUGUCAUUUGUAUGGAAUGUGGAUGAUAAAUGGCAACAUAGGCAGUAAGCAAAGACAUUGGCUUGUGUUAACUGUUGAGGGGGGUGAUGAGCAUUGUUUCAAUAGAAAUAUUGUAUUUUCAAGAAUUUAGUUACCUGUUUGGAUAUAUACGUACAGUGUAUUCACAUAACUAAGCAUAAUGACAAUUCACAUUUCUAUUAUAAGCACUAAUUUUGAAGAAUCAUAUUUGGGGGGGAAAAGGAUUCAUGCACUUGUUUUGUCUUGCUCUCUGAUGAGCAAUGAUGAAAUCUUAUCAACAAUCACUUAAAGAUGGUUUUGACAGUUAUACAACUAAAGUAGUUACUCAAGACAGUCUGGGCAAUGUACCUUGCCAAAUCCCUCACUUCUAUUUAUUCGUCCAUCUAUAAAAAACUAGAGAUGGCCUGAUGAUGGUACUAAGACCUCUUAUUAUUUAUUGUGUACCCAUGUUUACAACCUUGUUCUUAUCUUUACUUUUGUUGUGCUUAUUUAGAAGAAGAAAAAACAAUCCGUUUGGACUUUUAUGAAAUAACCAUUUUAAAUGGUAUUGUAAUAUUUGUAAUCACCAUUAUUCGCCUUUUACAAAUACUAAAAUGCAGUAUUUAGUGUGCUAAAUUCGACAGAAGUGUUAAUAACUCUUUGAUACAACAUUAAAGUAGUGACUGACAUGAUGUAGCCUUAAUUCUUCUGCUGACUCUAGUGGUAAAUAAGUAUCAACAGUGGGAAAAAAGUGAGUACAUUUGUCAGUUUGAGCUCCCAAAACCACAGGAAUAUAUUGUGUUUCUAAGCUCCAAUAGCAUUGCAUGUCUUUGUCCUGUCUUUAUUUCAAUUGUGGGAAAUAAGUGUUGUCAAAUUCCAACUUCUACUUUAAUUCUAAAUAGUUAUUGCAAACCCAUGUUUCUCAGUGCAUGGAAUUAUGUGUUUACUUGAACUCAAUGAGUUUUCUCCUGCCUCACUGUCCUGUCCAUAGUUAUAAUUAAACAUGAAUGCGCUGC